UUCAAGUCAUUAGGGUUUAUCACUGCCUUUCCAGUUCUCAGAGAAAUUAGAAGUUGGGCAUUUGCAUUUUCAUUUUCCUCUUUCCCAAUCCUCAGCUUUCUGCAAACAUGGCUUCUGCUAAGCCAAGAGCACAGGCGAAGAAAUCUGCCGCUGCGGAGGAUGAAGGCAUGGAUCCAACGCAAUAUUACGAGAACAGGUUGCGAUUUCUUUCAGCUCAGAAGGAAUCCGGCAGUAAUCCGUAUCCCCACAAGUUCGAAGCCAACUUGACGAUUCCCGAAUAUGUGAAGAAAUAUGAAAGUCUAAACAGUGGGGAUCACCUUGAAGACGUGGAAGAAAGAAUUGCCGGCCGACUUAUGAACAAGAGAUCGUCGUCAUCAAAACUGUUUUUCUACGAUUUGCACGGCGGUGGGGCUAAGGUUCAAGUUAUGACCGAUGCGAGGAAAUCGGAUAUGGAGGAAGAAGAGUUUACUAGAUUCCAUUCUUCAGUGAAGCGAGGAGAUAUUGUUGGGAUCAUUGGAUUCCCAGGUAAAAGUAAAAGGGGAGAGCUUAGUAUUUUUCCAAAGACAUUUAUAGUGCUUUCCCACUGUCUCCACAUGAUGCCACGGCAGAAAAUUGGUCCAGGAUCCGAAAAUGUUAAGGUAAGUGAUGUUUGGGUUCCAGGAAGUGGGAGAAAUCCGGAUGCUUACAUAUUGAAGGAUCAGGAAACACGAUAUAGGCAGCGUUAUUUGGACUUGAUGCUGAAUAUGGAGGUUCGAGAAAUAUUCAAGACCAGGGCAAAAGUUAUUUCCUAUAUCAGGCGAUUUCUUGAUGAAAAAGAUUUUUUGGAGGUCGAAACACCCAUGAUGAACAUGAUUGCUGGGGGUGCAGCUGCUCGGCCAUUUGUGACACAUCACAAUGACCUAAAUAUGAGACUGUUCAUGCGAAUUGCUCCAGAAUUAUAUCUCAAGGAACUAGUUGUUGGUGGUUUAGACCGUGUGUAUGAAAUCGGGAAGCAAUUUAGGAAUGAGGGAAUCGACCUUACACACAAUCCUGAGUUCACAACUUGCGAGUUCUACAUGGCUUUUGCCGAUUACAACGAUUUGAUGAAACUAACUGAAGAUAUGAUUAGCGGUAUGGUGAAGGAACUCACAGGUGGCUAUAAGAUUAAGUAUCAUGCGAAUGGAUUGGACAAUGAACCUAUUGAGAUUGACUUCACUCCUCCUUUCAGGCGGAUUGAUAUGAUUGAAGGGUUGGAGCAGAUUGCUAAUCUAAGCAUACCAAAGGACCUCUCCAGUGAGGAAGCUAACAAGUAUCUGGUGGAUGCGUGUGCAAAGUUUGAGAUCAAGUGCCCGCCUCCUCAAACAACUACCCGAUUAUUAGACAAACUUGUUGGGCAUUUUCUUGAGGAGACAUGUGUGAACCCUGCCUUCAUUAUCAAUCAUCCGGAGAUUAUGAGUCCACUGGCAAAGUGGCAUAGGUCGAAACCUGGCCUAACUGAAAGAUUCGAGCUGUUCAUCAACAAACACGAACUUUGCAAUGCGUACACGGAAUUGAAUGAUCCUGUUGUUCAACGCCAGCGUUUUGCUGACCAACUCAAGGACCGGCAAUCGGGCGAUGACGAAGCAAUGGCCCUUGAUGAAACAUUCUGUACGGCUCUUGAAUAUGGUCUGCCUCCAACUGGUGGUUGGGGAUUGGGUAUUGACCGAUUCGCAAUGUUGUUGACCGAUUCGCAGAACAUCAAGGAAGUUUUGCUUUUCCCAGCAAUGAAGCCACAAGAUGAACCUGCAAGCAAAGAUAGCAACAAGAAGCCUCUGGAUCAACCUCCCUCCCAAGAGCUUGAAAAGGUUGUGUUGUCAUGAGAAAUCAGAACAACCCCACCAGACAAUAGAGAGAGAAAAUCAUUUUCUGAUUAUUGAGUUUGAAAAUACUGUGUUUGAAAAAUUCUUAAUUCAGUCAUCCAUUUUUGGGGCAACUUCAUUUGCUGCAUUGCAUGAUGAUUCUGACAGUUGUUGUCUUUGCUUAUAUGUUUAAAUAUUUAAUUUUUUUUUCCUGUAUUCAA